AUGAUCGCGUAUCCGAAUGCCGCAUACGCGCCGACAAAGCUCGUGCAGCAUUGGUACACAAAGACCGUUGCCAUCCAGGAACCUUGGCUUAAUGCCUUUCCGGUUGAUCCGGGCUUUGUCCAAACGAAUAUUGGGAACCGCGCUGCCGGGCUACUCGGGAUUGGAAAGGCGAGUAUCACGGUCGAUGAGAGUGCGAGUGGUGUACUCGGCGUGAUUGAUGCGUCGACUAAGGAAACGCACUCUGGAAGAUUGUGGAAGUGGACUGGGGAGGAGGAGCCUUGGUAA